GGCAACGACGCCAAGUUCAAGGUCAGACACACACCCCCUCAGAGUGACCCCCUCAGAGAGCCGGCAAGAUGGCGCCCGUUGAUCGGGCACUCCAUACGCUGACGGCGCGACAGGUCGACAAGCUGGCGGACCUUCUAUACAUGUCACCUAAACACAUGUACCAGGACGGGCAGCCUCGGAACUCGUGGCUCAAGCACCAAAAGGACAAGAUGGAGCGCUCCGAGUUCCCGAGGCAGCUGCGGCGCCCCAAGGGCGCCCUGAACUGGGUCCGUCUGCGGGUGGCUGAGAAGACGGGCUGGACACAUCACGAGUUCCUGCCACAAUUAGCGGACUUGUGUGAGGUGCAUCGCAAGGGCCUAAACCCGUGGCUCAUUCAUGACGUGUUUAAACUUGUACACGACGAGUCGACGCUGCGAACCACGCGAAUCCGCGGUCACAAGAGCGACCUCUGCACCCCAGAGGUGCAGGAGUUCCUGAACCGUAUGGCUGGCAUCAACAGCCUGUGGUUGGAGGACAGGAAGUUCAACCAGAUCUUUGGUCGCGACCCGCCGGUGCCGGAGCGCUUCCGAUUCCAAAAGCUGGGGAACGCCGUUACCAACUCGCGAGGUGGCGACGAUACCGACAGCUCGGCAUCGACCGACAAGUACGAGGAGGAUACGCGGCGCCUGAGCUGCGAGGCGUGCGUCUUGGCCUGCGUGGGCGGCCACCCUAAGCUGCUCACGGCCCUGCGGGCCAGCCUCCUCGGCCGCACCAAGAGUGACGACCCGAGCAAGGCGCCCAUCCUCAUCCUGCUGAUCGACGCCUGGAUCGAGUACGGCAAGGCCGAGCACCACAAGGCGGUCAUCGAGGCCGAGUCGGACAAGCUGGGCCGCGCGCUCCGCGCCGUCCGCGUCGCGGAGGGCAAGGUCCAGAAGGAGAUCAGGGACCGCCGCGCCCGCCGCCGCCACGCCGAGGAGAAGACGAGCGGGGAGAAGGAGAGGCGUGACCGGGACGGCAAGCGCCUAUCGCGUCACAGCAACCACCACCACAGCAGCCGCAACAACAACAACAACAACAGGUCGCCCGACAGGCACCGCGACAGGCGGGACAGGCCAGCUUCGCAGCGCAGCGCAAGGCCGGCGACGGUUGACCCGUCGCGGCUCGGCGCCCACGUGGCGGCAUCCCCGCCGCCGCGCGCCCGGUCGCACGUCCUCGACCCGAUGCGGCGGCGGGUGACGGACCCGGUCCCGCCGAUGCAAGCGCUGCGCCGCGGGGGCUCCAUCAAGACCUAUGCGGACCUGCAGGCGCGCACGGCGGCCCAGCACCGGGCCAUGGUGGAGAGGGGCGAGUGGGACGAGCGCGACGAGUUCGCGUCCUUCAAGUCGAGCGAGUCGGUGGACGACGAACACCGCCGGAGCAACUUUAGCGAGUUGGGCUACAACGACGACCACUACACCGAGAUCGGCGUGCAGAUGAAGCAGAGAGAGAAGAGGGCUUCCGGCUGCCCCCGGGCACCCUCGUCGGUAUACAGCCAGGACUCGGACUCCACAGCCAGGGGCUCCUCGACCGUCAGGGCGUCAUCCUCGUCCUCGUCCUCACGGCCGGGCGGUGCCUCCUUCUCCGCCUCCUCCACCUUGACCGUCAGGGCCCCCCGCGUCGCGCCGGCCACCGCCCGCCGCGAGCGGCGGGACCCCGAGACGGUGGGCGGCCGCCGCGAGCGCGCCGUGACGGAGUGGUACGGCCUCAUGUCGGAAGCGGGGGGUAACCGCCGCGACGACGUCAACGACGAUGGCGUCAGCGCGCUGGACGCGACGGAGGAUUCGCCCGGAUACGCGGAAAUGCUCGUCGAUGACGUUUCGUCGUGUGACGACGACGGCGACGACGACGACGACGACAACGGCGAAGGAGGUAGCAGCAGCAGCAACCCCUUCCGCGACGCCCGCUCGGCGGCCCGGAGGGAGGACAGGGGGAAGAAGAAGGGCAAGCAGCCGCAGCAGCAGCAGCAGCAGACCAGGGGCGGCGGCGGCGGCAAUGACGACGCGGCCAGCUGGGUCUCGAUGAGCAUCCACAGCGACGACGACGACGACGACUCGGGCGGCUACGGCCCCGGCCCCUCGCGCUGGGACAGCUCUCGCGCCGCAGCCGCUAGCAGCAGCAGCGGCGGCGGCCACAACAACAACAGCAACAACAGCGGCAACCGCCCGCACUCCAUGUACACGGACCAGGCGAGGCCGCCCAGCCGCAGCGCCAGCAGCCGCACCGCCCCGCCCUACCAUGCUACGGCCGCGAGCAUCCUCGACUAUUAUUUCAACGUGAAGCCGGAGCCGGAGCCGGCGGAGGGGGAGGCCCCGCCCGUCUUUGGGGACCCCUUUGCGAGCGGUGGCAGGAGGCCACGCAACCCGCCGUCGACGGCCGUCGCGCCGUCGGACGUGGCCGGCGGGCGGAGGUCGAGAGAGGGUGGUGGUGGUGGUGAGCCGUCGCGCCACCGCCGUCGGUGACGGCCGCAGUUGACAGGUGAUGAGGAAGGACAUUUACCUGCGCUAUGCUUGGAAGCAGAGUACUCUGGUGAGUCCCAGGAAUGUCCUUUGUCCUUGUUUUAUAUUUGCAAUCUUUAUCGGCUGGUACUACUCACUUGGUCCACAGCUCUAUAAUACCCCCAUAUCGCACAAUCAGCCUAUCACGGCGUAAAUAUCUUGAAAUAUAUCAACUAUACAAAACAAUGAACCAUGCAUCGCGACUGAUCAAUGAAUAUCAGCAAACAAAGAGUGAGAAGAGACGUCAAUGAAUUUAUUUUUAAC